GAGUUGCUUCCAGUAAGAAUGGUUGAAUCAUAUUUUAAAGAGGAUGAAGACUACAUUUUUUUUGAUGAAAUACCCAAUAAUAUGAAUAUUCGUAUUAUUAUACAACUGCCAACUGAAUUUGCAAACAAUAGGAUAAAGUUCGUAGAUAAUAUAACAAAAUUUUUAAUGAUCUCUUGCGUCCUUUUAAUGAGGAAUUGUUAUCUUAAUGUGCUUGAAUCCUUAUUUUCAAGUCCUAUUUAUUUUUCUAGAUUAAGUGCUAUUGUUGCGGUUGUUAUGAAAUAUGAACGUGGUUGUAGUAAAAUGAGUUUGGAUCGUAACCAGGCAAUCCAAUCUUCAACUACUACGACAGAAAAUAAGAGAUAUCGACCAGAUAGCGCGGUAUAUUAUAAUAGAGUACUCGUAAUGAUGGGCGAGGCAAAAGAAAUUAACACUAAGUUAGAAGCUGCAGAAACACAAUUAGAUGGACCGAUCGAACAUUUCAUAUAA